UUUUAAAAUCUUUGCUCCCUCGCAGUACCUGCGUUUGCUGUCACUUCUUAGACUUGCUUUUUGCAGCCGUUCAACAACCACGCCCCGCAUACUUAUCUCUCGGCCAAGCGUAUCAAUUCUCCGACAAUCAUUAACUAUAGACCCCAUCACAUCACAUCACAUCACAUCCCAUCUCACCCCUAAUUACCAACUUUCUAUCACAAACAACUCAUCCCUCACCAUGGCCACCGAAGACCCCAUCAAAGUCACUUACCAGGGCCGUCUGGCAAUCAUCACCCUCAAUCGUCCCAAGAAACUCAACGCCCUCGACGCAGACCUCUACUACCUCCUCGGCGAACGCCUCCGCGAAGUUGACAAACGGUCUGAUAUCUUCAUCACAAUUCUCACCGGCACCGGACGAUUCUUCUCCGCCGGCGCCGACGUAACCAGCACCCGCCCCGGCGGCAACCUAAGCAGCCAAGCGCGCCGGGAAAUCGCCCGCUCCUUCGUCAUCAACAACUUCGACCUAACGCACACCUUCGCGCACCACUCCAAGAUCCUGGUCGUGGCUUUGAACGGCCCCGCCGUCGGCCUCUCCGCAGCCCUAACCGCCAUGGCCGAUUUCAUCUACGCCGCGCCGCACACCUUCCUCCUCACGCCCUUCGCCUCUCUGGGCCUAGUAGCUGAGGGCGGGGCCUCGCGGGCGAUGGUCGAGCGUCUGGGUAUUGCGAAAGCUAACGAGGCUCUGAUCAUGAGUAAGCGGCUUACGUGCGAGGAGUUGGUGGCGACGGGGUUCGUGAAUAAGGUGAUUGAGGCGCCGAGUGGCAGGAAUGAUGAUAGUGAGGGGUUCUUGGGGAAGGUGUUGGAGGAGGUGGAGGAGAGGUUGGGGGAGCAUUUGAAUCAGGAGAGUUUGUUGAAGAUUAAGGAGUUGGUGAGAAGGCCGGAACGGGAGGUGUUGGAUAGGCAGAAUGGGUUGGAAGUUUUUGCGGGGUUAGAGAGAUUUCUUAGUGGGGUGCCGCAGGAGGAGUUUAGGAGGUUGGCGGCUGGGGAGAAGAAGCAUAAGCUUUGAGUCUUGGGUGGGAAGGGGUGUGUAAAUAGUAUGUAAUGGGUGGGUAGAGGUGGGGGUAGA